CACUGGAGCGACAGGCUACUGCACGGGUUAUGAAGGUGGAAGAAGAGAAGGCUGGGGUAGGGAAGCUGGACCCUGCUAACUACAGGAGGAGAUGUCAGGAUCAGGAAGACUGCCGUUCCAUCCACAUUGGGCUUUCAGUCCCCAGUUACCCUCAAAGGAAGAGGGACCAGCAGGGACGUCUUCCGGGCCUGCAAAAGGUCUGCUGGGGCCUGCAGCCAGACAAACCACAGCAGGAGCUGACUGGCGUGGGCAGCAGGGGAAGCAGCAGGGACAGCAAUGUGGAUCAUGUCAGCAGGACCCGGUCUCCAGCUGCUGAGCAGCUCCAGGACAUCCUGGGGGAGGAAGAUGAGGCUCCCAACCCCACCCUCUUCACAGAGAUGGACACCCUGCAGCACGACGGAGACCAGAUGGAGUGGAAGGAGUCAGCCAGGUGGAUAAAGUUUGAAGAAAAGGUAGAGGAAGGAGGCGAACGCUGGAGCAAGCCCCACGUGUCCACACUGUCGCUGCACAGCCUCUUUGAGCUGCGGACCUGCUUGCAGACGGGGACGGUGCUGCUGGAUUUGGACAGUGGCUCCUUACCACAGAUCAUAGAUGACGUCAUUGGGAAGCAAAUUGAGGAUGGCCUCCUGCGACCUGAGCUCCGGGAGAGGGUCAGCUAUGUCCUCCUGAGGAAACACCGUCACCAAACCAAGAAGCCCAUCCACCGCUCCUUGGUUGACAUUGGAAAGUCUGUCUCCUCCACCACCAAUCGCAGCCCGGCCCGGAGCCCAGCGGCUGGUCCGAGCCUCCACCACUCCACCGAGGACCUGAGGAUGCGGCAAAGCGCCAGUUACGGCCGGCUCUGUCAUGCCCAGAGCAGAAGCAUGAAUGAUAUUUCUCGCACCCCAAACACAGACCAGCGGAAAAACAAAUUCAUGAAGAAGAUCCCCAAGGACUCAGAAGCCUCCAACGUGCUCGUGGGCGAGGUGGACUUCCUGGACCAGCCGUUCAUCGCCUUCGUGCGUCUCAUCCAGUCAGCCAUGCUGGGAGGAGUGACUGAGGUGCCUGUCCCCACCAGAUUUCUGUUCAUACUGCUUGGACCUUCUGGGAGAGCAAAAUCCUACAAUGAAAUUGGCCGUGCCAUAGCAACCCUCAUGGUAGACGAUCUCUUCAGUGACGUGGCCUAUAAAGCCCGGAAUCGGGAAGACCUGAUAGCAGGGAUUGAUGAGUUUCUGGAUGAGGUCAUCGUCCUUCCUCCUGGAGAAUGGGACCCAAAUAUCCGAAUUGAGCCCCCCAAGAAGGUGCCCUCUGCUGAUAAGAGGAAAUCCGUGUUCUCGCUGAUGGAGCUAGGCCAGAUGAAUGGCUCUGCAGGGGGAGGCGGCGGGGCGGCUGCAGGAGGCGGCGGCGGAGGCUCUGGCAGUGGCGGCGGGGCCGGCGGAGGGAGCAGCGGGGAUGACGGAGAGAUGCCAGCCAUGCACGAAAUCGGGGAAGAGCUUAUCUGGACGGGAAGGUUCUUCGGUGGCCUGUGUCUGGAUAUCAAGAGGAAGCUGCCCUGGUUCCCAAGUGACUUCUACGACGGCUUCCACAUCCAGUCCAUCUCUGCCAUCCUAUUCAUCUACCUCGGCUGCAUCACCAACGCAAUCACCUUUGGUGGGCUUCUGGGGGAUGCCACUGACAAUUAUCAGGGAGUGAUGGAGAGUUUCCUGGGCACUGCCAUGGCCGGCUCCUUGUUCUGCCUCUUCUCGGGACAGCCUCUCAUCAUCCUCAGCAGCACAGGGCCCAUCCUCAUCUUUGAGAAGCUCCUCUUCGACUUCAGCAAAAGCAAUGGUCUGGACUACAUGGAGUUCCGCCUCUGGAUUGGCCUCCACUCGGCCAUCCAGUGCCUUAUCCUGGUGGCCACAGAUGCCAGCUUUAUCAUCAAGUAUAUCACCCGCUUCACAGAAGAGGGCUUCUCCACCCUUAUCAGCUUCAUCUUCAUCUAUGAUGCCAUCAAGAAGAUGAUUGGUGCCUUCAAGUACUACCCCAUCAAUAUGGACUUUAAGCCUGACGCCAUCACCACGUACAGAUGCGAGUGUGUUGCCCCCGACACAGCAAAUACAACCAUGUUCAAUGCUUCAGCCCUGCUGCUACCGAACACCAACACUUCUCUGUACAACCCCCUUAACCUCACAGCACUGGACUGGUCUCUGCUGAGCAAGAAGGAAUGUCUGAACUACGGUGGACAGCUGCUCGGGAAUUCCUGCCAGUUCAUCCCUGACCUGGCACUCAUGUCCUUCAUCCUUUUCUUUGGGACGUACUCCAUGACCCUGACCCUGAAGAAGUUCAAAUUCAGCCGCUAUUUCCCGACCAAGGUCCGGGCCCUGAUAGCCGACUUUUCCAUUAUUUUCUCCAUCCUGCUGUUCUGUGGAAUCGAUGCCUGCUUCGGCCUGGCGACCCCCAAGCUGCACGUGCCCAGUGUCAUCAAGCCCACACGGCCUGACCGAGGCUGGUUCGUGGCCCCCUUUGGGAAGAACCCAUGGUGGGUGUACCUGGCGAGCAUCCUGCCCGCCCUGCUGGUGACCAUCCUGAUCUUCAUGGACCAGCAGAUCACCGCCGUCAUAGUCAACCGGAAGGAGAACAAGCUGAGGCCUCAAGAUGGAGACGGAGACCAGCGCCCCUGGAGAGCAGCCCCAGUUCCUGGGGGUCAGGGAACAAAGAGUGACCGGCACCAUUGUCUUCAUCCUGACGGGCAUCUCCGUCUUCCUGGCUCCUGUCCUGAAGUACAUCCCCAUGCCAGUGCUGUAUGGAGUCUUCCUCUACAUGGGCGUGGCCUCCCUGAAUGGCAUCCAGUUCUGGGAACGCUGCAAGCUCUUCCUCAUGCCGGCCAAGCACCAGCCGGACCACGCCUUCCUGCGGCACGUGCCCUUGCGCCGGAUCCACCUCUUCACACUGGUGCAGAUACUCUGCCUGGCGGUGCUCUGGAUCCUCAAGUCCACGAUGGCCGCCAUCAUCUUCCCGGUCAUGGAAAAAGAUCUUCCAGUUGGAGUUACUCAUUCUGAUUCUUCCUUCAGUGACUCAGAACUCGACCGGAGGUAAUGGCCAUGAGGUAGACUCCUUGGGUAUUAGGUGGCCAGGAAGGCGGAGGGACUAGGAUUUCCCAGGUUAGCCAGUGUCUCCGUAAAAGGCCUUUGCUGGUCCACCUUGGGAGACAGGUGGUCAGACCUGAUUAUUAGCGUCAAGUAACAAAUGCGUCCUUUUACUGACAUGACAUGAUUACACAAAGGUCUUCUACUUUAGAAAAGGAAAUUACAAAAUACGUAAAAUUGAAAACACUGGGGGAAAACAACAUAGAGAAAAACUACACAUGACUUAAGUAUAUAUUAUUGAAUGCCAGGAUAAAUGAGCUCAAAGAUCAAAACGCCAGGUACUUCCGUAGUAUGUGGAAUAAAGUAACAGCAUGGUUAGUUAGCAAAGGUCAGAAACCUAACUAAAUAUCAAAGAUUAAGUGGAGCAUGGAACUUCUGAUCUCGAAGCUGUGAGUUCAAGCCCCAGGUUGGGCGUAGAGAUUACUUAAAAAAAAAAAAAAAAUGGAGAGAAUAGUCAAGAAAGGAUUCCAGACCAUUUCCAGGGGCCCCUGUGCCAACUGUGAUACCUUAGUGUUCUUAAUGAGAAGCCAUGAGAAAAGUGGACAACUUUAUGAUUGAAAACAAGGCAGGCUCAAAACUAGAAGAGAAAUCCAGGGGCAAGAAAGUCAGCCUCAGCUAUUACAGGGGAAGAUGGUAGGGUGCUCCUACCUAGGGCCCUAAACUGGAUGGGAAUCACUGUACUACAUCACACAUGAGCAAAAGCGUAAGCUAUCCCAAGUCUACAGGUAGAUAAACCUGCAGACUUAGAAGCACUCAUCCAAGAGAUUUUAGAAAACAUGCACAAGAUCGUCUGAGUUAGAAGUCAAAGCUGUUACCACUUUGCCAGGAUAAGAGAGACACUGUAACAAGCCCCCCUAAGCAGUGGACCCAAGGCCACUCCAGCCCAGGAGGGUCAUGCGUCCAAACUACAUCCCUGCCUGCUUUCUCAUCCCACCUCCCCAUUCGGUUCCUACACCAUUACAUGAAUGCCACGGAUUUUUAUAUAUAAAGGUGCUGGGAGGAGAGCAGUCUAUCCUGAUUUUUCGUUUUUAAGUAGCCUACACCAAAUUGAACCUCUCAUUGCCCCAACCUCAGUCCGUGGAGAGAGAAUACGGACCAGGACGGGGCAUUUCCAUAUACAAACAUGGGACAGCUACACUGGUGUUUUACCAACUCUGUGCAAGUAGUUGGAAGCAGAGACCACUGAACAGGAUUCCAUUUCAGUGAAGGAAAAGGCUCAGCAACAUGAUCUAGUUUAAGCAUCCGAGAUCUACCAGGCAUGAUGCUUAAUCCCUGGGGGUCUAGAAAGACAGGCCUGCCAACAAAGACAUACAACAGUGUGUGCCGAGAACAAUGGGGCACAUGUAAGAGAAAGGACAGUGUCUAAGGGAGGGAUCUGCCUUAUCUGGAGAGUCCAAGAACGAUAAAUAGGAGCCUGCCAGGUGUACAGAAUAAAGAAAAGAGACAAAAGGAGGGCAUUUCAGGCAGUGGGAACACGCCUGAAAUACUAUUUGAAAAUAGCAAAGACUGCUGGGCUGGACGGGCAGUCAAACUAGAAGUAAUCAGGAGUGCAAACAUAAAGGGCCCUGUCUGGCCACACUAAGGAGCCUGGAUUCUAUCUCUUGAAUGGUGGGAAUCACAGAUCUGUGAUCCAGAAAGUUCGCCUUGGCAGCAAUGUGAAGACCAGGCUGACACUUCUGGCGAGACUAGCUCAGCAAGCACAGCUGAAGGCCAAGUGCAGAGGAUGCUGCUCAUUGCCAUAACGUGUUAAGAGUUCAUAAGCAAGGACAAAACUACUUGCUUUAGAGCCCUCCUCGGGGGGAUAGCGUGGAAAACACCAACUACUAGAUAAAUCACUCUCCCUUCCCUCUUUUUCUUAUUUAGCAUCACAUUGCACUUCAAAAUUUCCUGUCCAGCUUCGCCUGCUUUCAACUAUUCACAGAGCCCAGUGUUCAUGGUGCCACAGGUGAAGAUAGAAAUGGAGUCAGACUGUGACUUCACAGAUGUGGACAGAUACGGAAGAGAA